CCCGCCGCGCGACCCGCAGCCCCGGCCAGAGCGCGGGCGGUGGCCGAGCGCCGGCAGCGCGGGGAGCGCGGAUGCGGGCGGGCGGGCUCGGCGCACCGAGUCCGGCUUCGGAGCGGUCACCCGCUUCUUGUCCCUAUGUCGGUACAAUCCAAUUCCCAGGUGGAACUUCUGAACAUCCUUGAUUUGUGGAGGAAACCCUUCCCAACAAUGAAAUCAACAGCUUAGUUGAAGCCAGUGUUUGUGCAGUUCUGGUGGAUCUGCUAUGGUCACGGGGCCUGAGAUCUAAGGAAUACGGGGACUUCUGUGAUGACAAUAUGACUAAUAGUAAAGGAAGAUCUCUCACCAGUAAAACGAGCGGUGGUUUUAGUAGUGGAGAAGGUUUUGUCGACUGGACUUUCAAUUUAAAUACAAUUCAGUCUGACAGGUUUUUAAACUUACUGUUGAGUAUGGUUCCAGUAAUGUACCAGAAAAACCAGGAAGACAGGCACAAAAAAGCCAAUGGCCUCUGGCCGGAUGGACUGUCCGGGGCGGCGCAGGCCUUCAGCGGCAGGUCCGAGCAGCACACGGAGUACCACAGUUUCUCUGAGCCGACUUUCCACGGCACUGGCGGGCACGCCCCAUCCAACUGCAGUCCGAAGUACGACGACUAUGCCACCUAUAACUACUGCGACGGGAGGGAGGCCUCGGAGACCACCGCCAUGCUGCAGGGCGAGGAUGCGUCCAGCGAGGGGGACGAGGACGUCAUCGUGGAGACGAACCACAGGUUGCCCAAGGAGUCCAGUGGCAUCAUGGCCUUGCAGAUACUGGUGCCGUUUCUGCUCGCUGGUUUUGGAACCGUGUCAGCCGGCAUGGUCUUGGACAUCGUGCAGCACUGGGAGGUGUUCAAAAAUGUAACAGAAGUCUUCAUUUUAGUUCCUGCCCUUCUUGGUCUCAAAGGGAACUUGGAAAUGACGCUGGCAUCCAGAUUGUCCACCGCAGUAAAUAUUGGGAAGAUGGACUCACCCAUUGAAAAGUGGAACCUAAUAAUUGGAAACUUGGCUUUAAAGCAGGUUCAGGCAACAGUCGUUGGAUUUUUAGCAGCGGUGGCGGCGAUUAUAUUGGGCUGGAUUCCAGAGGGAAAGUAUUACCUGGAUCAUUCCAUCCUCCUGUGCUCCAGCAGCGUGGCCACCGCCUUCAUCGCGUCUCUCCUGCAGGGAAUAAUAAUGGUUGGAGUUAUCGUUGGUUCAAAGAAGACUGGUAUAAAUCCUGAUAAUGUCGCUACACCCAUUGCUGCCAGUUUUGGGGACCUUAUAACUCUUGCCAUAUUAGCCUGGAUAAGUCAGGGUUUGUACUCCUGUCUUGAGACCUAUUACUACGUUUCUCCACUAGUUGGUGCCUUUUUCUUGGCCCUAACUCCUAUCUGGAUUAUAGUAGCUGCCAAACAUCCAGCAACAAGGACAGUUCUCCACUCAGGCUGGGAGCCCGUCAUCACAGCGAUGGUGAUAAGUAGCAUCGGGGGCCUUAUUCUGGACACAACUGUAUCUGACCCAAAUUUGGUUGGAAUUGUUGUUUACACUCCAGUUAUUAAUGGUAUUGGUGGCAACUUGGUGGCCAUUCAGGCUAGCAGGAUUUCCACCUACCUCCACUUACAUAGCAUCCCAGGAGAACUGCCAGAUGAACCCAAAGGUUGCUACUACCCAUUUAGGACUUUUUUUGGUCCAGGAGUAAAUAAUAAGUCUGCUCAGGUUCUCCUGCUUCUGGUGAUUCCUGGGCAUCUGAUCUUCCUCUACACCAUCCACUUGAUGAAGAGUGGCCACACCUCCCUAACUGUUAUCUUCGUAGUGGUGUACUUACUUGCUGCCGUGUUACAGGUGUUCACCCUGCUGUGGAUUGCUGACUGGAUGGUGCAUCACUUCUGGAGGAAGGGAAAGGACCCGGACAGCUUCUCCAUCCCCUACCUGACGGCACUGGGCGAUCUGCUGGGGACAGCUCUGUUGGCCCUGAGUUUCCAUUUCCUGUGGCUCAUUGGAGACCGAGAUGGUGAUGUUGGAGACUAAUAAAUCCUGCACGCUGCUCUCAAGUUACCAAGGAGGAAAACACAAGACAACCACUUCUGGCUCCUUUUCAAACCUCUUACGUCACUAGGUUGACUUCUGCCAGGGUAAUCUUCAGUUGGCCCUGAUUCAAUUAAAUGGCCUUAACUUUUUUUUAAGGAAUUUGUGCUGAAACCAGAAUGAACAGUAUUUGUGCUGCUUUUUGUAGAAUAAAUAAUUUGACAUAGACCUAGAUACAAACUCAAGCUCUGAAAUUAAUUAAAUAGGAAAGAAUAUAUAGGAUGUUUACAAUGAAUGAUUUUGAAACCACAGACAUAGCAGAAAUGUACAUUUAUUGUUGUUUAGGUUGUAAUGUGGAGUUAGAGGAAAUGGAGCCCCAGCUCUGCCUUUGACGGGUGUGUUGUACUUCAAAACAUACCAUAGAACGGAAGGUACCCCACCAGGCUUUGAAUCAUCUGAAUUAUGCCACCUCUGUGCUAGCUGAGGAUAAAUUUACCAAUUACUCGCUCCUAAACUGACCUAAAUAUGUUCUACUGAGCAUAAGAUAAAUUCGCUUUUACCUGCAUCUAAAAUUACCCUGUGCCAAUGCUAAUUUAAUUUCAACUCUGCAAGCUCUUGGCAGGCGCCCCUUUAAACAUGGAAUGCUCUUGAGAGGUCUUUAAUGAGAGCAGUAGGCCAUUUUUGAUCAUUGAUUUGUUGAUCUUUCUCAGAAAACAGUGAGAAACAGAAGAUAACUUGAGCUGCAUUUGUAGACACAGAUGGCAAGAACAAAUGUGUGUGUGUGCGUGUGUGUGAGAGAGAGAGAGAGAGAGAAGCUUUUGCUGAACUAAAACGUGAGUGGUUGCUAGUCAGGAUCACAGUGCUGUUGGGCCACCAGCACUAUAGAGUUGUCCCUCAGCACAGUUAACUGAUGCUCUUGUCAUUUGAUCCCAAAACUAUCCUGCUGAGCAGAAUUUAGUAUUUGUUACCUACAUUAAAAUUAGUGGUUUAUUAUUAUUUCAAAAAGAGCUAUAUCACUUAAUAUAAUCCAGAUAGAAGAUUUAAGAUGGGCAAGAGGUUCCUGGGCCCUUUUUAGGAGGCUAAAGGGACACUGGGUUAGGCAGCGAGCUCUCGUGCCUAGACGGGCAUCUGUUGGCACCGGCUUGUAUCUACAGGGACCUUAUGUACACUGAUUAAUUUCUCCAAUAUUUUUCUAAAACUCUCAACUGUGGACUAACCACUUGGCAGACACCUUAGUCAUUCAGUAAGUGAACACUUUUAUUUCACAUACAGUUCAUGCUUUAACUGCAGUGUAAUCUCUGAAGGCCAUUAUUUAAUAAUGAAAUUAUUAAACAGUUGAGAGAAUAAAAUGCACAUAACUUUGAUCAUCGUGGUUUAAGUUGUGAGUUAGCAUUAUUAUAUAUAAAUAGUAGGUUGUUUAUAAAUAUAUUGGGGAAGUAUUCUUGUUAAGCUCUUUCAAAUAAGGGGGCUAUGGUUUAGAGGUAUAUAUUUUUGCUUACUUUUAAACUUUAAUUAUUCCAUUCUUCUGUCUUAUAAUGAAGGUUUUAAGGCAGAGAACUGAGCUAAUUAUGGAAUUUCUCCUUUGGAGAGUUAUGAUAUCAUAUAGUGAACAUUCUUAUAAAAGAAAGAAUGAUUAAAUUUAAGUUGAUGAAUAUUUAGCUGCAAAGAUUUUUAUUUUUUAAAAAAAUCCGUGGAUUAUUUUUUUUAAAUCCAUGGAUCAUAUCUUUGAUUUUAUUGUAAAGCAUUUUUAAAUUAUUUACAUUUGGGCUCUAUGAUUCAUAUACAUUUACACUUCUGAAUUAUUUCUAUUGAUUUUUUUUUUAACCUAGAAAAAAAAUGCAAAGCAGGGCAGAGUUUUUAAGUUUUAGCUAACAACUUUAUCUGGUAUAGUCCAUUUUCCAAAGCACCUUUAAAGACCUGCCAUGCAUCCUCACAACCAGAGCGGUGAAGGUCAGACAUUGCUCCCUCUAUCUCAGAGUAGAGGACCUGGACACUCAGAGAUGCUAUGUUAAGGUUGCACCACUGCUAAGUGGCUAGUUGUGAGCGCCCUGAAGACCAGGUCCUGGGACUCCCAGGUCAGUGCUCUUUCUGUGACACAUCUGUGGCCCUCCAGUUACCAGAACCCACGUGAUAAACUGCAAAGAAGCCAAGUGGAGAAACAGGGUUUGCAAAAGCCAAAUGGAGCAGCGCUCCUCCUUCAGAUCAGACGGGAAGCCUCGUUCUAAUGUGUCUAAAGCCAACUCUAAGUCAUUCAUGUUCCUAAGAUCAAGGAAAACAAAAUGACGAAAAUAUUUCUGUAACAGAAGCUUGGGAAUAAAGAGCAAUGUUGCUCCUAUCCUCCCAGAUCUUGCUAUUUGCCGUGGAUGAUGAUAAUUAGGAUGACCGAAUUGUCUCCUUUUUCUUUUGCUCCACAAUCUGAGUUAGACCAGCAAAAUGUCUAAAAGGCAUGUAAUGGGGGGCAAGAAAGAAUGGAAAAAUCAGUCACAGAUUAACUGAUUAUAUAGGAUACAAUUCCUUUAAAAAUUACUGCUGGACUUUUGAAAGCCUUCACACAAGUAACCAGUAAGAUGAUGUUUUAUUUACCCAUAAAAUAAUUUAUUUUCAGCCUUAUAUAAUAUAAAACAACAGUAUUUAUUUUUAUAUCAUAUAAAAUCUUCUGCUUUCCAAAAUUCUUCCUUUCAUUGAUUUAUUGGAUACUUUAUUUACACACAUUUUUAAGUCAUAUUUUCUAUUCUUGCCAACCAUUUAUUUCUUUCAAAAGUAAAGUUUCUCUGAACCUAAUAAAAUGAAAACGUAUGGUAAUGUAUCUUCUGGGAGACAUAAAAAAAAUCCCGCAGCACAGACUCUCAGUGAGGUUGCCAGCUGAAUGCAUUUCAUGGGUCUUUGGGUAGCGGGGCUUUCUCGCCUUACAUGAUCUCUGUGGUGUAGUUUACCCAUGGGUAAUGGACCUCUGUCAUCUGAAUUGUUGUAAACUCAAGAAUAAAAUUUAAGAAAUGUUGA